AUGUUUUGUGAACUCUUCAUAAUACAAAUAAUUUCUUUGUAUUAUUGGAUAGGUUUUCCACCUGAUGACAUUUCAGAUACAGGUCAAAAUUGGAAUAUGCCAAUCUAUGAUUGGAAUAAUGAAGAUGUUAGAAAAGAUUUAUUUGAUUGGUGGAUAAAACGUUUGCGUAGAACAUUGUCAACUGUUGAUUUACUUAGAUUUGAUCAUUUCCGUGGUCUAGAAUCACAUUAUGUUAUACCAGUUGAUAUCGAUACACAAGAAUUAAAUUUUUCACAAGCACAUUGGGUUAAAACACCUGGUUAUGAAUUGUUGACAGCUAUAACAGAAACAUUUGGUUCAGAUAUUCCAGUAAUUGUGGAAGAUUUGGGUAAUAUUACAUCAGAAGUAGUUGAAUUACGUGAUCGAUUUCACUUAUUUGGUGUUAAAAUUUUACAAAUGGGAUUUUAUAAUGAUUCAGAAAAUAUUUAUUCUCCUCAUAAUUAUAUUCCAAAUUCAGUUGCAUAUACAGGAACUCAUGAUUAUCCAACAAUAUUACAAUGGUGGAUAGAAAAAGCAUCCGAAAAAGAAAAACAUCAAUUUAUUGAAUACAUUCGUCGUCCAAUUGAUGGUCAUAAAGAAUUAAUUGAUGGUUUAAAACUUGAGAAACAUGUUGAUAAAUAUAUUUGUUGGUAUUUCAUACAAGUUCUUUUACAAUCAGCUUCAAACGGAACAAUUAUUCAAAUGCAAGAUCUUUUAAAUAUUCCAACAAGAAUGAAUAAACCAGGAACAGCAUCUGAUGUUGAACAUAAUGGUCCACAAAAUUGGUCAUGGCGUUUCGAAUGGUCUCAAUUGACAUCAGAUACUCGAAUACGAUUAAAAAAAUUAACACAGAUGUAUGGACGUGAUUUAAAAUAUGGUAAAAGUAUUCCAUCAGAAGACAUGGCUAUGAAAAAUGAUUCGAGAUAUGAUUUACAAUGA